ACAAGAGACCAAGCACACAACACGCACAAAAGCAGUAGCUAACUUUGAGAAAAGACAGCUUCAAGACAGCUUCAACUCUUUUUAGCUUCAACAAUAUUUAGCUAUAAACAUGUGUCAGAAAUAGCAACUUGCUUCCCGGACGAGGCAGUAAUGGAACAGUCUCUAGUCAAGAUGAAAAACCUGAAACUUUGUUGUGUUUGCUUUGUGAGUUUCCAAUGUAUCUUGCUAGCUAUGCUUAGCUAGCGUUAGCUAACCGGCUAGCUAGCUAACUAACUAACACAAAGCAAGGAAAUCAGAAGAGUUUUCCUCUGCCUGGCUCCUCUUGACAAGCAUUUUUCUUGUGUACCUAAUGUGGCACUGAGAGUCAAAAAUCAACAGGGAAGCUUACUUUUCUAAGUGAGACUUUGUCUUAGAUAGCUGGUUAUAGCUUGGUUAACAUUAGUUGACGUUAACCAACAAAAAGAACAAACGCAGUAUCAAGAGCUAGCUAGGUAGAUAGCCUAGCUAUCCAAAGUGAGUGCCAUGUCUGAUCCAAGUUGCUGGACUGCAGUAACGAACAGCAAGUCUCAUUUCGUCUCUGGUGCAAUGCUUAAGAGGUCCAAAAGUUGCCGCAGCAAUAACAGGAAAAGCCUUGGUGUUGGGACACCAUCACCGACGCGCCCACUCUCGCCUCUCUCAGUCCACACAGCUGCAAGUAGCCCCUUAGACAGCCCCAGAAAUGUGUCUGCUAUUGCUUCUCUCAACUUCCCUUUCGCCCGGAGCCACCUGGCUCGAGCCGACAGAGUGGAAGGUAGAAGGUGGUCAUUGGCUUCUCUCCCAUCAUCUGGCUAUGGCACCAAUCCACCCAGCUCCACUGUGUCUUCCUCCUCCUCUUCCCAAGAACGCUUGCACCAGCUUCCAUACCAGCCCACACAGGACGAGCUCCACUUCCUGUUCAAACAUUUCCGUAGCUCUGAGAGCAUGACUGAUGAGGAUGGCCGGCCCUCAUCGUUCAUACGCCCACGGUCCCGUAGUCUUAGCCCUGGACGAACAAGUGGCUCAUUUGACAGUGAAACUGUGAUGAUGAACCAUGUUUACAAAGAGAGAUUUCCUAAGGCAACGGCUCAGAUGGAGGAGCGCUUGCUGGACAUUAUCAGACAUUGCUCUGCAGACAGUACUUUGCCCCUUGGGGAUGGAGUGCUGGGCUUCAUCCAACACCAGCUGGUGGAGCUAGCCAGAGACUGCCUGGACAAGUCGCAGAAAGACCUGAUCACGUCACUUUACUUCCUCGAGCUGCAGGAGAAGCUUGAGAAGCUGCUGCUCGAGGCACUGGAGCGUUCUGAGAGUGAGGAGGUAUCAGUCAUCACGCAGCUGGUGAGGAAGCUCCUCAUUAUCAUAUCCCGCCCUGCAAGGCUGUUGGAAUGUCUGGAGUUUGACCCUGAGGAGUUCUAUCAUCUUCUGGAGGCUGCAGAGGGUCAUGCCAAAGUUGGACAAGGCAUCAAAACAGACAUUCCCCGUUACAUCAUCAACCAGUUGGGUCUGAAUCGAGACCCCUUAGAUGAAGUGAGUCAGCUAGAGGAGCACUACGAUUCUGCACCCUCUCUCAAUGUGGAUACUGACGACUCUGAACACAAUAAGUCUGUGAUCACUCCCCCACGAAGGAAACCACUAGAGAGUGACUUUGAAACUAUAAAGCUGAUCAGCAAUGGGGCUUAUGGGGCUGUGUACCUGGUAAGGCACAAAGAAACUCGUCAGCGAUUUGCAAUGAAAAAGAUCAACCGGCAGAAUCUGAUCCUGAGGAAUCAGAUACAGCAGGUGUUUGUGGAACGGGACAUCCUGACGUUUGCCGAGAAUCCAUUUGUUGUCAGCAUGUUCUGCUCUUUUGAGACCCGUAGGCAUCUCUGUAUGGUUAUGGAGUAUGUAGAAGGUGGUGACUGCGCUAAUCUGCUCAAAAACAUGGGCCCACUGCCGGUUGAUAUGACCCGAAUGUACUUUGCGGAGACUGUUCUGGCAUUGGAAUACCUUCACAGCUAUGGCAUAGUACACAGAGACCUCAAGCCUGACAACCUAUUGAUAACCUCAAUGGGUCACAUUAAGCUGACAGACUUUGGCCUGUCUAAGAUUGGCCUGAUGAACAUGACAACCAAUCUCUAUGAAGGUCACAUUGAGAAAGACACAAGGGAGUUCAUCGACAAACAGGUUUGUGGCACACCUGAGUACAUUGCACCAGAGGUUAUCCUGCGGCAGGGUUAUGGCAAGCCAGUGGACUGGUGGGCCAUGGGGAUCAUUCUGUAUGAGUUUCUAGUGGGCUGUGUGCCCUUCUUUGGAGACACACCAGAAGAACUUUUUGGCCAAGUAGUCAGCGAUGAGAUUAUCUGGCCAGAAGGAGACGAUGCUUUGCCAGUGGAUGCCCAGGACAUGAUCACACGUUUACUGAGGCAAAGUCCCCUUGAAAGGCUUGGAACAGGAGGAGCAGCAGAGGUAAAGCAGCACACCUUUUUCACAGGCCUUGACUGGACUGGUCUGCUGCGACAGAAAGCUGAAUUCAUCCCUCAGCUGGAAGGCGAGGAUGACACUAGUUACUUUGACACUCGGUCUGAUCGCUACCGUCAUUUAGGCUCGGAUGAAGAUGACGAAACCAAUGACGAUGAGUCUUCUCUUGAAAUUCGUCGGUUUUCCUCAUGGUCAAAUCGUUUUAGCAAGGUUUAUAGCAGCACAGAAUACCUGGCCACACCGUCCAAUCUGAGUUUCUCAUCCGACCGGAGCCACAGCGAGGAGCAGGAGGAUCGCGCGGAUGGCAGAGAGAACCACUCCCCUGUGGAGAUGCGCAGACAGAGCAGCACAGGAGCACAGGACUGCAGGAGGCUCUCGGGACACAGAGGAUGCCUGCAGCCACGAGCCUCAUCCAGCUCCUCCCAGUGUGAGCGCUGUGUCAGCCCCCUGGUGGCGAGCAGCACGCACAGUCUGGAGGCCAUGCCCCGCUUCGCUCUGUCCACAGACGACGAAGCCGAGGUGGUUGUAUCCAACUUGCGUCGAAUCAGAUUGCGUAGCAACAGUACAGGAACGAAGCACUCAUCUCCAAGGGAACAUAGCAGUCCACGCUGCUUUGGCAACCAGCUCGAGACCCCUGACAGGCAGCGUCUCUCUCCAGGGAGCAAAGUGCCGAAAUCUGCCUCCAUCUCAACACUGUCUCUCAUUAUUACUCCAGAUGACAUGAGCGGAGUUCUUCAGCCUAGCCCCAUUUCCCCGGCCUCCAUCUCCUCCAACCCGUCAUCCCGCGAGUCCUCCCCCAACCGAGACCUCUCCCUGAGCAUCAGCUGCCUGCGGCCGCCCAUCCUGAUCCACAGCUCGGGGAAGAAGUACGGCUUCACCCUGCAGACCAUCCGCGUCUACAUGGGCAACAGCGAUGUGUACACCAUCCAUCACAUGGUCUCGAGUGUAGAGGAGAGCAGUCCUGCUCAUGAAGCUGGCCUGAGAGCUGGAGAUCUCAUCACUCACGUGAAUGGUGAGUCCGUACAGGGCCUGGUGCACACCGAGAUGAUGGAGCUUCUCCUUAAGAGUGGUAACAAGGUGGCGCUGCAGACCACUGCCCUUGAGGACACGACUAUAAAGAUCGGCCCAGCACGGAAAACAAGCUACAAGGGCAAGAUGGCACGCCGUAGCAAGAGGAGCAGGCGAAAGGACAAUCAGGACCGGCGACGGAGCGUCCUGAAGAAGCUCUCCAGGCAGAGCACGGUCCUGCACAGCAGCCGCAGUUUCUCCUCCGGCCUGCAUCACUCUGUGUCGUCCAGCGAGAGCCUGCCAGGCUCGCCCACACACAGCCUGUCCCCAGGGCCCUCCACGCCCUGUCGCAGCCCCGUCCCUGAGCACGCCGCCGAUGCAAACCUCCAUAUUCUCCCUCCCCCAUCGAGUGCCUCCUCGUGCUCCAGCUCGUCAAGUUGUCCAGCUGUGCAGAUGAGGCCCAGCUCCCUACACGGGCUCGGGCCCAAACUGAGCACUCAGCGCUACACCAAAGUGGGCCGGCGCAAGUCUACUAGCAGCAUUCCCCCCUCACCCCUGGCCUGCACAUCCUCCCCCCAGGCCCUCUCGCCUCAGCACUCUCCUGCCCCCCUGCCCAGCAUCACAAAGACCCUGCACUCCUUCCACGGGAAGACACUAUCGCCCCCCACCAUCGUCCGCCACUGCGUUCGACCCCGCAGCACCGAGCUCCCCGUCUCACCGCUGCUCAAGAGAGUGCAGUCUGCCGAAAAGCUCUCGGGCAUCUUCCAUGGGGACAAGAAGCCCCACGCCCCGCGCAGACACACCCUAGAGGUGCCCCACUGUGAGAUGGAGGCAGGCGGGGACGGUGAGGGAGAUGCGGCGUGCGGAGGCGUGGCCUACGUGACAGAGCAUGGCAGGAUCGGGGCCUUCGUGGGCGGGCAGAAGCUGCGCGAGUGGCCGGGUGAGCGCGCCGAGCAGAUUGUGGUGAUGCGAAAGCUCAACCUGUCCGAGCGCCGCGACUCCUUCAAAAAGCAGGAGGCCGUCCAGGAGGUGAGCUUCGACGAGCCUGACGAGAGGGCUCCCCAGAACCCGCCCCUGCCAGCCCCAGCCUCUGGUGCGCGGCCCAAGCACCGGGCCGAGUGGGUGGUGUCGUCGUGCUCGCAGGGCUGGGAGGAGGGCGGAGCAAGGAGGGUCCCUCUGGUGCCUCAGAUUGCAGUACAAGGCUCUGAGAGCGAAGAGCUGAAUGACUGGCAGCCAUGCUCUGACACCGAGAGCAAGGAGAAGGAGACGAGCACAGGAGUGAGCUCCGACUCCAAGACGGAGGACAAAGGAACCCCAGGAUCCGCCAGCUCUUACAGAGUGGCAUCAGAUUCUGCAUCACCAUCCAAGGGAGCAAGUCAGACGGUCAACGUGGAUGGCUCACGUAUGAGUCCAAGGAAGGGGAAAUCCAAAGGAAAAUGACUGGGCAAAUGCUGAUGUCAUUUUGAAAAUCCUUACUGAAGAAUAGAAAAUAAGUGGUCUUCACCCACUUUCUAGUGUUCCUGCCGAAUUACUUACUUCUGCGGAGCAUUUAAAGAGCAGCUUGGUUGGGAUGCUAGUGUUUUGAAAAUUUUAUUUGAAGAUGAAGCAAGAUAGAUUUUUACAGGAAGUAUUUAUAGUUGGUUUUUUUUUUAUGCGUGCUUGAAUUCUAAUGAUGGCAAAAAAGAAACCUGAUGGUAACCAGCCCGUCUUUCCACCCAUCGAAGGGAGAAGACAUGACUUUUCUAUGAAAAUGUAUUUUCAGGCAGAAUGUUUGUGCUAAAGGUAGCUGACAUGGCAAAUGAUCAUGGACUGGGUUUCAGGAAAAAAAAUUUAAAAAUCGUACAGUGUCCGAGUGAGGGCUACACAAAUAUAGACACACACCUAAGCAAACUUGUCAGUAUUUUUGCUCAUUUUCAGCUGCUCAGUCCAGUGUGUGAUCUUAUAGCUUUCCACACCAAUUUUGUUGUAUUAGUUUCAAUGUGGAUUUUGUAUACACUGCAUUAUGCACCCUCUAGCCCCAUUUAAUUAAGUGUACUUCAGCUCAGGGCUUGGAUUGUAGGAAUCUCACAAGCCACUUAGCAUUUGCAAAAUGUUUGAUAUAUUACCAAAACAUGUAGAUUUUAUGUUUGCAUAGAUUUAUCUUCACUGGAUAUUGUGGUGCAUCCCAGAUAACAUGUAGGUUUAGUGAAACAUUUUAACCAUUGGACUUGAAUGUUUGUUAGCCUGAGUUAACUCUCCUGAACAUUCAUGUUGUCUUUAACUGUGCUAACUGGAAUAUCGCAGAGCAUUUUGCCUAGGUAAGCUUGAACGGGUACCCUGCUCCAGCUGCACUUUCAGCAGGGGCCUCAAAUGUGUCUUAAAAUGAGAGAGCAGUUCCUUUUUGUAGGAUUUAAAGAGCAGAUCUUUCAGUAGGAUUAUAUAACCUUCAGAUGGAUAUUUACUCUCAAUGGCUAUUUAUUAACAUUUAUUUAAAAGAUUCUGUCAGAAAUUCCCUUGAAAUCACAAAUUUGCUAACAUUUACCACUUUUUAAAAACUUGAUAUUCUUAGUUUAUGCAUGUGGUUAUAAUGUGGUUUCCAAGCCAUAUUGUCCGUUUUCCAUCAGUUGUUUAUCUAACUACCUUUUGUAGAAAGGACAAUGUUUACAUUUUUUUUAAUCAUUUUGAAUUUCUGUUGUGCAAAUGCUCAAUCUAUAUGCAUCAUGUAUGUUGUAACUUGCCUACUGAGUUUUCAGUAUGUAGAAAUGCCAAUAGUGCAAGAAGGAGCCUGAAGGCAACUACAAUGGUUCAUAGUUGGGGAAGUCGUUUAACGACCCCAGCUUACAAAUAGUCGUAGCUCAAGAGUGCGUGCGUGUGCACGUGUGCAUGUGUGUUAAAAAUGCCUCAAAAUACUAGAUUUUUUUCCAAAGAAGAGAAGGUUUUUCUCUUCUUAUAACAAGAAAUCUAAAGUACAGUAUUUGCAUGGUACUACAGUUCAUUGCAUACGCUCAUUUUGUUUCCUCCCAACUGGUUAUUGGAUGAGGUUUGUGAAUUCACAUGCUGUGAAAGGUCAGCAAAACAUCUCUUUUUUGUUAUUUUUAAUUGGGAUUUCUGAUAUAAAAAAAAACCAAACACUGGUAGUUUAGUCUCUGUUUCAGUGCAUAACUGCAUCUUGCUACUUUGGUGCUACUUGGGUCUGUAAUGCAUUCCAUGUUUGACAUUAGGUGGUAUCUCUUUUACACACAAAGGCUAAUUUUAAGACUUUGAAAUAAUUGCAUGCUGCAUGUACUUUAUAGUGAGCGGACAACAGAUGCUCGCAUGGCAUUCUCGGUGCAGUUUUUUGCCUGGUGCAGUACAACUAACUUUCCGUAAGACUUGCAGUGGAUUUAAUCAUAUCAGUUACAUAAUCCUAUAUGUUUAUUUUAAUGUUAUUGCUCACUUUAUAUUGUGAAUAUAAAGUGUUUUGUUCUUUCCUGACUAGCUGCAUAGCAACUACCCCUCCUUGAUCCAUCCUACUGAAGUGGUUGUAAAGAGUCGAUCAUUUCAGUGUUGUUUUGUCCCUUCCAGAUCUGGUCUUAAUGAAUUAAAAAGUCAGAAAGUGACCAGUUUUGUAACUUUUAUAUGCAAUAGUGAUGUUUCUCAUCCCCGAGUUCUUCAGAUAUAUUGGGAUUGUUGGUUUUUGGUCUGUGCAGGUUUGGGGGAAAAAUAAUUUUAUAUAUAUUUUGUAAUGUUAUACUUGUUUGCCAGUCCAACCUAUGUUUUGUAAUAAACCAUCAUGUGUUGGUUCUAACCACUGAGUACUGUUCUUCUCCAGUGUGCCAAGUAUUGGGAUACAGCAUACAUACAUGUGUACUAAUACAUUGUAUUUGGGAAGUAUUCACACCCCUUACUUGUUAUACACUUUGUGUUGUGGAUUUGAAUCUAAAUACUUGCCAUUUUUACCCCUCAGUCUGCACGUAUUCACCUAUAAUGACGAAACAUUUGCUUAGAUUCUGCUUGAGAUGCGUCUAGAACUCAGUUGAAAUCCACCUGUUGUAAUUUGAAUUGAUUGGAUAUAGUGUGGAAAGGCACAUAUCUUGGUCUAUAAGGGCCAUUUACACUGCAUUAUCAGAAUGAAAACAAAGCCAAGAUGUCUAAGGAACUGUCGAUCUCUGCAUUCAAAUGUGGCGAGGCAUAGAUAAAGGGUUUGAAUACUUUUAUGAAUAAGAAAUUUCAAUUUAAAAAUGUUACUUUGUCAUUAUGGGUGAUAUACAAGUAAAGGGGUCUGAAUCAUUUUUACAUCCACUGUAUGUCCAGUGAGCUAGUUAAAAAUUCACUGGUGGUUGUGGAGUUUUAAACAGAUUAUUUCAGAGAGAGUGCAGUUUAGCUCUUUGUCAUCAUCAUCUUGAAGAAUGAUUAGACCAGCUCUCCAGCUAUUUCAUUCCACAUCCUUCCUGUUCCUGGAAUCUGCCCUUUCUGGAUUAAAUUGCUUCUGGGGUUUUUUUGUUUUUGUUUUGCCUUUGUUUUUGUUUUGGAUAUUUUGGAACUGUUUAGAUAAACUUGUGGCAAGUGAAAUAAAUCUUUCACUUUUUGUAAUGAGCCAGUAUGUUAUAUAC